ACAGGUUAAAUCAACCAGCUCUGGAGUAGAAUGAAUGAGAAUCAAGUUGACAAAGUUCAAUCACUUUAUACCUCCAUCUUUAUUACAGGUUUAUUCUGAUCUGUGCAAAGAAAAAUAAAACCUGUUAAUCAGUGAGUUUUAUGGCAGCUCAAAGGUUGAAUUCUGCAUUGAAACAGAACCUCAAUCAGAACUGAACCAAAGCAGGAAUCAGACCAAACUAGCAGCUUCCUCUGAGUGAGUCCAGCUGCAGGAGGGAAAAGUGGAAACCUCCAGCUCUGCUGCUUCAAGCUGCUCACACUGAAGCUUCACUCAGAGACAAAAUGGCUUCCAGGUUAGAGGAGGAUCUCUGCUGUCCGGUCUGUCAGGACGUCUUUACGGAUCUGGUUGUUCUGUCAUGUAGCCACAGCUUCUGUAAGGAGUGUCUGAAGAACUGGUGGAGAGAGAAACCAGCAAGAGAGUGUCCAGUUUGUAAGAGGAGAUCUUCAAGGAUGGAACUGACUUUAAAUCUGGUUCUGGAGAACCUGUGUGAAUCAUUCCUACAGCAGAAAAUCCAAAAUGCUCCAAUGCGUCUCUGCAGUCUGCACUCUGAGAAACUCAAACUCUUCUGUCUGGACCAUCAGCAGCCAGUUUGUCUCGUCUGCAGAGAUUCAGAAAAACACUCCAAGCACAGAUUCAGGCCCAUCGAUGAAGCUGCUCAGCAACACAGAGAGAAACUGAAAACAUCUCUGGAGCCUUUAAAGAAGAACCUGGAGAUGAAGAAGGAAGUUAAAGAGGAGUUUGAUCAGACAGCAGAACACCUGAAGGUCCAGGCCCGACACACAGAGAGGCAGAUUGUUGAGCAGUUUAAGAAGCUUCAUCAGUUUCUGACAGAGGAAGAGGAGGCCAGGCUGGCUGCACUGAGGGAGGAAGAGGAGCAGAAGAGAGGGAUGAUGAAGGAGAAGAUGGAGGCUCUGAGCAGAGAGAUAGCAGCUCUUUCAGACACAGUCAGAGCCACAGAGGAGGAGCUGAGAGCUGCAGACGUCUCAUUCCUGCACAACUACAAGGCUGCAGUGGAAAGAGUCCAGCGCUGCCCCCUGCUGGAGGAUCCACAGCUGCCCUCAGGAGCUCUGAUAGACCAGGCCAAACAUCUGGGCAACCUGGCCUUCAACAUCUGGAGCAACAUGAAGGGCAUGGUGACCUACACUCCUCUGGUUCUGGACCCAAACACGGCUAAUCCGAGAAUAAUCCUGUCUGACGAUCUGACCACUGUGACUGUAGGAGGGGAACAGCAGCUUCCUGAUAAUCCAGAGAGAUUUGAUCACUGGUGGUCUGUUCUGGGCUCUGAGGGUUUUAACUCAGGGAACCACAGCUGGGAUGUUGAUUUUGGAGAUGGUAGAGCCUGGAUGCUUGGUGUGUUACCACAGUCAGUCCAGAGGAAAGGAGAGAUACUGUCUGGACGAUUGGUUAUACAGUUCUAUAAAGGUAAAUACAUAGCACGAUCUCCAGCAGCUCCUCUCAUAGAUCUAUCUGUCCAGAAAAAGAUCCAGAGGAUCAGAGUGAAUCUGGACUAUGACAGAGGAAAGCUGUCGUUCACUGAUUUGGAUACCAACACAUACAUACACAUCUUCACACACACCUUCACUGACAAGAUGUUUCCAUACAUCAUCACUGCAGAUAAAGUAAAAAUCCUGCCGAUGAAGAUCUCAGUGGUCAAAUACAAACUAUGAUGUUCUCAGCAUGAAGAACACAAAGUCAAAUGAAACCUGAUUGGUCAUAUUGAAACUCUGACAGCAUCCAGGUGUGCUGAUCCUGAACAGGUGAGGACAGUGGAGAUUUCUGCUGAUGGAAACAAACUGAGAUCCAAACAUCCAGACUGAUGGAUGAAGUUCUGUUUUCUUAAAACAAGAACUCUGUUUCCGCUCAGCUCUCUAGGUCACUUACAGAUGGUGGACGAGAAGGCCUGGCUCUCAGUCUCCGCUCUAAUUCAUCUCAAAGGUGUUCUAUCGGGUUGAGGUCAAGACUCUUCGAAAUUAUCACAAUACAUUUUUGUGAUAAUUUUGAUAUUUUUUAUUCUUUACCUAAAAAUUAAAAGCAUUAAAAAAAACUAUUACUAUAACUAUUAAAAACUAGCAAACACACUCUAUAAACUAAUUAAAGCCAACUGAAUUAGACAAACAAAAAGUCACAACGAAAUAAAACUAAACUACAAUGAAGAAUCCCAAACUAUUAUACUAUUAUAACCCAAUUCCCAACAAAGCAUUCCAGUCAGGUUGUACUCUGUACUUUGACUAGGUCAUUGCAACAUCUUGAUUCUUCUGCCACAGAGAUACGUUGAGCCUGGUGAACCUACAUCCCAGUCUCACAUUUUCUGCCUCUGACAGAUUUUCCUCCAGGAUUUGGCUCCAUUCAUCUUCCUACAGCAUGAUGCUGCCGCUACCAUGUUUCACUUCGGGAGUAGUGUGUUCAGAGUGAUGUUUAAUUCUGCAUGAAAAUCAAACACGAUAAAGUCAUUUCACAUCUCCAGAUGUGAAAUCUCAGAUUUUCCUUGACUAACCUAGAAAGUGUAUUUUAUAUUUGUCAACCAGUACUUACUUUGAUGGAUACAUUUAAAUAUUAUGCACUCUGCAUGUAUUUAUGCACAUGCUAUGGAAUGCAUUGCCACCUGUUACGUUAUGUUUUCUCACUUUUGUGUGUUUUUCUUGUUGGAAAUCUAUAAAAUCAAUAUAUUUACAAAAAAUGUUUUCAAUUAUUGUAUUUGUAUUUUUAUUCAUAGUGUUUCCUAAUGCAAAGAAUUUAUUGAUCCAAUGUGAAACCCUCUUAAAAAAAACCCAGAAAUCCAUUAUUAUCUUUUCAUUUCAAUCUUUAUCAUCAAAGCCUCAGUUUAAAUCCAGAUGAAUCAGCUCCACAUCACCAGCUGUUGCAUCUUUUCUGCUGAAGCUGCAGAGAAACUGAAGUAUUUCAGUGGAAGCAGGGAUGAAAAACUCUGCCUUGACCAAAACUUCUCCUGAUCAUUGAUU